CGCUCAGUUUGGUUGCAUGCGAGGCAAUGCGCAGACGUGCACUCGCUGGGUUUUGGUGAGAGCAUUGUGUGGGUCGGAGUGUGAGAUUGAGAGGAGGAGUUGAAGGAGCAUGGGGAAGAAGAAGGGUGGUCAAGGCGGUGGUGGAGGAGGAGGAUAUGGCAGCAACAAGAACCCUCCCAAUCAACCUGGAUUGCUUCUCCAUGCCAAACCUGUCUCGCUGAGGGAGCAGUUGGGUAGAGGAGGUGGUGCAGCAGCAGCAGCGUCGGCACAAACCCAAAACCCCAGCGCGCUACCCUCAACCUUGCGAGCUGAGCACCUGCUGCGACUCGCGACGUGGGCUAGCGCCAAUGUUCCUUCUCUCGGCGCUCUUUUGGGCGCCCGCCUUGGCCAUUUGAGCGAAGCUGCAGCUGCUCUCCUUCCCGAUUCUCCUCAUUCCAUCUGUGAAAGAUGUGAGUCCAUCAUGCAGGUGGGAGUGAAUUGUUCUGUCCGCAUAACAAAAAACAAGAGAAAGCGAAAGUCGAGGAAUGCAGACAAUGUGUGCAAUUAUGUGACAUAUUUUUGCCACUACUGCAAGCACGGAAAUUUGAAGCCUGGAACCUCCAAGAACCAUCUGAAGACAAAGAUCUCACAAGCGGCAGCUCGAUCAAACUUAAAGGUGCUCGGACUUUCAAAACCGGUAGAAAGGAUACCCAAUAAGAAGCUAUGAGUGGAAACCUGUGCCGUUGGCCAUGGAAUCUCAAGAAUUUGAUUAGUUGCCUUAGAUGUAUAUAUAUAUAUAUAUAUAUAUAUAUAUCUAUGUUUACACACACACAAAAAGAAUGUAUUAUCAUUAUUAUUACUAAUUACAAAGUAACUUGAGGAUCAUAAAUCAA